CGCACCCGGCAUGGCGGCCGGUGGCUUCGGCACCGCUGCCGUUCCGUUGGCUCGCGGCAGGUAGCGGCGUUCUCGGCUUCCCGUUCUCGCCAUGGCCGCCAAGGGGGCUCGGCAGCGGCUGCGAGCCGGAGGCGGUGGGGAGGCGGCGCGGCCGCGGCCGGAGGCGGCGGUCCCGGAGGAAGCCCGGUUGGAAUCAUCUGGGAGCAAAGCAGGACAAGUUUGGGCUCCUGAAGGAUCAACGGCUUUUAAGUGUCUCAUUUCAGCCAGGUUCUGUGCAGCUCUCUUAAGCAACAUCUCUGACUGCGAUGAGACCUUUAACUAUUGGGAACCGACACACUACCUCGUUUAUGGAAAGGGGUUUCAGACAUGGGAAUACUCUCCAGCCUAUGCCAUCCGCUCCUAUGCUUACCUGUGGCUUCAUGCCUUACCAGCCUUGUUCUAUGCUAGAGUUCUACAAACUAAUAAGGUUCUUGUCUUCUACUUUCUCCGAUGCUUCCUGGCCCUCCUGAGCUGUGUUUGUGAACUCUACUUCUACAAGGCUGUGUGCAAGAAGUUUGGGCUACAUGUGAGCCGGCUGAUGUUGGCCUUCUUAGUACUCAGCACUGGGAUGUUCUGCUCAUCUGCAGCUUUUCUCCCCAGCAGUUUCUGCAUGUACACCACAGUGAUUGCCAUGACUGGCUGGUAUAUGGACAAGACCUCUGUAGCUGUGCUGGGGGUGGCUGCUGGAGCCCUUCUGGGCUGGCCCUUCAGUGCAGCUCUUGGGCUUCCCAUUGCCUUUGACUUCUUGAUCCUGAAGCAGAGGUGGAAAAGUUUCCUCAACUGGUGUGUGGUGUCAUUGAUCCUGUUUUUGGUGCCCUUGGUAGUUGUGGACAGCUAUUACUAUGGGAAACUGGUAGUUGCACCUCUCAACAUUGUUUUAUACAAUGUCUUCACCUCUCACGGACCUGAUCUCUAUGGAACAGAACCCUGGUCCUUCUAUUUCAUCAAUGGCUUUCUGAAUUUCAACGUGGCAUUUAUUUUGGCUCUGCUUGUGCUGCCAUUGACUUGUCUCAUGGAGUGUCUGCUUCAGAAAUUUCAUGUUCAGAAUCUGGGUCGUCCCUACUGGCUGACACUAGCUCCUAUGUACAUUUGGAUCAUGAUUUUCUUCAGUCAGCCCCACAAAGAAGAGAGGUUUCUCUUUCCCAUCUAUCCCCUUAUCUGCCUCUGUGGUGCUGUCGCUCUCUCUGCUCUUCAGAAAUGUUACCACUUCAUAUUCCAGCGCUACCGCCUGGAACACUACACAGUCUCCUCCAACUGGUUGGCUCUGGGGACUGUCUUUCUCUUUGGCCUUUUGUCAUUGUCACGCUCUGUUGCCUUAUUCAGAGGCUACCAUGGGCCUCUGGAUCUCUACCCAGAAUUUCACAGGAUUGCUUCUGACCCAACCAUUCACACUGUGCCAGAGGGGAGACCAGUUAACGUCUGUGUGGGAAAGGAGUGGUACAGAUUUCCAAGCAGCUUUCUCCUGCCAGAUAAUUGGCAGCUCCAGUUUAUCCUCUCGGAAUUCAGAGGCCAGUUACCAAAACCAUUUGCCAAGGGACCAAUGGCCACACGGAUCAUUCCCACUGAUAUGAAUGACCAAAACAAGGAAGAACCAUCUCGAUAUAUUGACAUUUCCAAAUGCCACUAUCUGGUGGACUUGGAUACAGCAGCUGAAACCCCAAGGGAGCCAAGGUACUCUGCCAACAAAGAAGAUUGGGUAACCAUUGCCUACAAGCCAUUCCUAGAUGCUUCCAGGUCCUCAAAGCUGCUGCGUGCAUUCUACGUCCCUCUCCUCUCAGAGCAGUACACAUGGUAUGCAAACUAUACUAUUCUGAAAGCCCGGAGGUUGAAGCAAAGCAGGAAAAAAAUGGGAGGCUAACACCACACCUGGGCAUCAAAAUCAAGGGCAUCUGCUGACACUCUUGGACAGCUGCCUAACCCAUCGUCAGUCCCCUUUUUGAAAGACUGUGCUUAUAAGAUUCAUGAACACAGAUUCCCCAUGAAGUGAUUUCACUCUGCAAGCUUCCAGCUGUAAAAAGGGUGCAUCAUCUGCUUUCAGUUCUCGGUGUCAGGUCUCUGCUCUGCCUACACGGAACAUAUUGGUAAGAAACCAUUUGAAAAUCCAGCAGCCACCUACGAACGUAUUAUCCCUGCUGCUCCCUGUGUUAUUAUAUAUUACACCAGUGGAGAGAAAGAUGGAAAAGGAAAAGGAAUGACUGUGAGGUUCUACUCCAGGUUACAGUCGGGCACUGGGAAAAUCCAGCUCAGCCUCCCUCUUCCAAUGCCCCACAUCCACUGUCCUCAUCUGCUUAAGUAGUGUUCACCUUCUCCUGUGGAAUUGUUUUCAGGUAACAACGUUUAGGAUUUUUUUCUUUUAACAAAAACAAGGGGAAGAGGAAAACACCUGAGAGACAAUUACCUGCCAUGCACUGAGCCUCAAGGAAGGAAGUAGCAUGCAUGACAGAAACAGCCUGAAGUUGCUCUGUCCAGGAAACACUUUCAAGGAUGUGCUUUUGGGAGAAAACCCCUCAAACUUAGGAGAUGAAUCAGUAUCUGCUUUAAUGGAGUCAAGAGUGAGGGUUUUACGUGUGAAACCAAGGGUUUGUUUGCUAUUUGUAAUAAUUUUGUAAAGAUAUCUGUAAUAUCCUCUGGAUUCUAGACUACAGCAUCUUAACAUUUCUGGAAACAUCCAGAGAGGAGAAGAAGGAUUAAACCUUUUUUUUUCAGUUCUAUUUCCCAGAAUAGACAGUAUGUGUUAAAUUAGUACAAUAUGCUUCAGAGCAAUGCUGUAUUUAUUAUAUCUCCAUUUUUAAAACGUGCAGUAUCAGAAACUAGAUGGAGUUGUUUUCACUCACAUCCUUGGAACUCUGUGGGGAUGAGAUGGCAGGAGAUGGAGCAGAAAGGAAGUUCCUUUUCCCAAAAGGCUGCACAAGCUCAGUGCCCCAUUGUGACUGUGAUUAGAUUGAUGUAUGUGUGCGGUGACAGAGCAGGUGGAUCAAGAAGCAGAUCUGUAUGUUUGGAAGCUGUCAGGGUACAAACAGUAAAGCAUGUGCCUCUGAAGAUACAUGUGUUGGUCCAGGUGCAGAAUGCUGUGCUAGGGUUGUUUCUUGGCUAGUCUGCAGGUUAACAGCUGAGCAGGAUGUGAAGGGCAGGCUCUACCAAUGAGGUGGUGAUCUAACAUCCUACUACUGGGACAAAGCAGGAGGAACUGGAUGAGGAGCAAGGCAUGGGCUGAAAAUAUCAAAUGAAACAAAAUAUUGCCCUUCAUAAGAGUCAUAUGUGGAGCGUCAAGGUUUCUGUCCAAGCAACUGGUGUCUUGGCUGAGUUGGUCUGGAAGCUCAGAGUCACAUUGCAGAUCAGUGGUGCAGUGUCUGUCUUUGUAUUAUUCCCCCACAUACCUCCAGCUGGCUCUACCCCUCAUAAAAGUUUACAUGUGUUGAACAGGGCUUUAUGGUGCCUGUAAAUCAAAACCAAAACUCUUGCCCUGCUUGUUGCCUCUCCCUUUGCUAAUCCCGACCUUAAAUCAAAUAAAGAAACAAAUGCACCUCUCGCUGGUGCUGUUUGUGUGACUGUU